AUGGUCAAAAAUAGUUGUAAAACAGUUGCCACUGGCAAUAAUACCUCGAAAUUACUGAAGAUAGUAAAACCUGAAAUUCGUCAAAAUAUUAUAUAUUCAACAACAAACCCGGAUAUACCCAAAAAACGACGUAACAUAGCUGUAGAAAAGAAAAAAAACAUUCAUAAUUAUUCCUCAGAAGAGGAUAUAGAGGAGUUCUGGAUGGAAUCUGAAUCCGAUGAUGAAUCUAGUUCUAAUG